AUGAAGAUGGUGAGACUGCAUCUCAAGUACUUUGGACACGUUAUCAGGAGGGAUCAGUCCUGGGAGAAGGAUAUCAUACAUGGGGACCUGGGAGUUGCUCAGGGAGGUGGUGGAGGAGAGUCAAAACUGGAGUUUGGGGGGGGUGGGAGGGGCCAGGGGUGCAAGGAAGCAUCAGGGAGGAGAGGACAGAACACACAGAGGGCCUUCCUCUCUUUCAGCUUUUUAAUUGUCCUCUCUCCUUACAUAGUAGAUCACUGUGUCUCCUAUAAACUGUGCAAGUAGCAGUGGCAUGGGCAUGGCUGCAGAGAGGCCCAGCCCACCCUUUGCAUUCUGAUGUUAGUGUGA